CUCGCUCGGAGAAGAGAAAAAAAAACCAAACCCCCCAACGAAAACGCAAGCGAAAAGGAGAGGCGACGCGAGGCGAGCGAUCUCGCCUUUACCUUAGCCAAGCCAGCCCAGCCGCCCCCACCCAGCGCAACGAGCAGGCAGGCCACGCACACGCACUCUCUCUCCUCCUCCUCCUCUCCUCUUCUUCACCUCUCCUCCCCUCGCGCGGCGCGGAAGCCAAGGGGAAGCAAAGGAGGCUUCGAGAUUUCCGCGGAACCCCCACGCCACCACCAUCCUCCUCCUCCUCCUCCUCUUCCCCCCAUCCUCCGCCUCCACCUAUUACCCACAUCCUAGGGUUUCCCCCUCCUCCUCCGCCUCACCUCCCAGUACCCCAUCCUCCCACCGCCGCAGCCGCAUUCGAAGGUGUGUAUCCAUCGAUCCCCGCCUACCCGCCAACGACUCCCCUUCCCGUCUCGAGGUGCCUCUGGUCCGGGGAUCGAUCCUUGGUUCCUCGCCGCCGCCGCCGCUUGGUUUCGGUGGGGGGUGGAGCUUUGUGUUGCUCGGUGAUCUGGAGGCGUGAUUCGCCGCGCCGGGGCCGUGGAUUGGUUUUGUUGAUUGGGGGGAGUUGGGGGUUUCGAUUUGGGAGGGAGAUUGAGGUGGUGGUGGUGGUGUAUCGAGGGGCCCUGGUUUUCUCUGCUAUUGGAUUGGAUUGGGAUCCAUGAUCGAGAUUGCUCGGUGAAGUUUUUGGUCCUAGGGGAAUUUUUUUUAUCGGCCCGGAUCAGGAAUGGAGGGUUCUCUUGGGGAGAUCUAGGGUUGCUUGUUCUGUAUCGUUUCUGUGUGCAGAAAAUUAGUUGAAAAAAAUCCCAAAAAAAAUAGAAAGAGGAAAAAAAAGAGAGAGGGGGAGAGUGGAGGAGAGUUUGGAGGCUAUGGCGCUGAAUUACUCGUCGUGCUCGCUCACCAGCUCGUUCCUGAUGAACGAGGACUGCGCUGGCAUGAUGUGUGGGUGCGGGUGCUGGUCGGAGGAGGCCUCGCCGCUGUCAUCCGGUGGGGUGAACUCCCUGUGGUGGGAUGAGCUGGAGUUUGAGCUGGAGCUGGAAGAGGAAGAGGAGUUCGACCCUGUGGACCUCUUGCCUACCGACCCCUUCGGCAUGAACCUGGAGACCACGUUCACCGCGGCGAUCGCCAGUUGCAUUGAGGACCUCACAGUCAUGUCCAGUGCUGGGCGUUUUGGAGACAGCCGCGAUGAUGCUGUUUUUGCCGACCUGAGUUAUUACUUGAAUAAGGCUUUUGUUCUAUCACCGGAGUUUCAGUUUGGUGGCUAUCGGGGUGUUUUUGAAGGCCCCUUGGGGUUUGGAGGCCUUUCUGCUGGUGAAGGUGAUUCUUUUGGGUUCAUGAAGAACCCUUCUUCCUCAGGAAAUGCUGAUGAUUCUUUUGGGUUCGUGGAGACCCCUCCUACCUCUGGAAAUGCUGCAUUGGAGUGCGGCGAUGCAGUUGAAGUUGUUCCUGUCCAGGAGGGAGGAGUUCCACAUGAGGGAAUGCUGUUUGCCCUUGACUACCUUGGCCUUCGUGACAUCCUCUCUGUUGAGAGAGUGUGUAAGACAUUGCAUUCGGCUGUCAGAAAUGAGCCCUUACUGUGGAAGUCCAUCCACAUUGAAGGGGAUUUGCGCCAGAGAAUUUCUGAUGCUGGUCUUCUACACCUGACACAGAAGUGCCCAGAUACUUUGCAGUGUCUAAGUAUUGCGUGCUGCGUAAAUAUCACAGACCAGGGGCUGAAGGCUGUUUUAGAAAGUAAUCCAAGAUUAACAAAGCUGAGCAUUUUGGGCUGCCCACGGUUAACUUUGGAUGGCCUUAUUUCCAAUCUCAAGUCAUUUAAUACGAAGGCGGUGUUUGGAAUUAAGCACCUCAGAGUUGGAACACUCUUCAGUUUACGAAAGGAGCAGUACGAAGAGUUAUUAUCCUUGUUGAAUACCGACAAGACACAGGAGGUGCAUAACCGGGGGCCAAGAUUCCUUCAUGCUAAUCGGUUUUUAUCAGAUUGCAAUGAUGGAUAUGCUCUUGAUAUUGAGAUGUGCCCUAUUUGUCAGAACUACAAACUUGUUUAUGAUUGCCCAGAUGAAGGAUGUGAUGACAGAAGAUCUGGUAAUUGCAAAGGUUGUACUGUUUGCAUACUGAGAUGUUAUGAGUGUGGAAGGUGUGUAGACAAGUUGGCAUUCAAGGAGUCAUUUUCUCUGGACUGGGUUUGCCCUAAUUGUCAAGAGAAGAAGGAUCUGUCUCCCCCAAUGAAAUAGGGGUUUGUCCCCCAAUGAAUACUCUUCCUCCGCUAACAGAGAACAGCAUGCAAUGCUGUCAUGCAAGCCAUCUUAACAUAUCAUUUCUACUGAGAAAACAGACAAAAAAAAAACGAAGAGUUUGUUAUUCUUGAAGGCGCAGCCAUCCUGACAUGCUACAUUAGCUUCUUGCAAGAAAAAGAACAAAAAAUAGUAGUUAGUUUGAUUCAGCAAAAAAAGGAAAAAAAAGAUUGUUUCGCUACUAUUGUCUGACUGGUGACAUUUCAGAGGGAUUGCGGUUCAAGAGCGGAAGUACAGCGUGAACUUUACGUCAGUAUUGCAGCAGCUGCUGCUGUUCUUGGAAUGUUAAGAUCGAAGAUGAACUGCUCUACUCCUUUCACGGUCUCACCAGAGCAAAUAAAGAGAGGACUGCUGUAAUUUACCUUGUACAUGCGUGCCACAAUGUUGUUGUAGUUCUGAGAACAUUUGUCACACUACCAUGUAAUUUACAACUACUUGCAGAGAAAUAAAUGACUUCUAACCAAA